UUUGUAUGAACUUCUUGAGUUUGAAGUUGCACGAAAGAGAGAGAGAGAGCGCGAUAGAGAGAAAGGAGGAACGAGGCAGAGGAAAGCAUAGCGCAUGCAGAAUAACAGAGCGAGAGAGAGAGAGAGAGAGAGAGAGAGAAGCUGCAGUAGCAGCUCGGCUGAUGGACUAAAACCACCCUUUCACUGAACACUCGUUUUUUUCCGCCUAAAUCCACGCACAGCCCGUGGGUGGGCGACACGGAGACACGGUCUCGCGCUGCCGUCGGAGUGGGUCUUAUUGUUAUUAUUAUAAUUUUUUGUACAUCUGCGUGGAAGGAAACGACGACGAAGGAAGCAGAGAGAAGAAGAAGAGGAGGAGGAGGAGAAGGAGCAGAGUGUGUGACAGCUGCUUGAGGAAAUUCCUGACCAAUUUCAUUCGGGCAUGACGGGAAUUUCUGCUAUAAUUCUCUCUUCGCUGAUGGAGAAGGACCAGUGAUCACCGUGCCGUGUUGCCAGGUGGCUUGAUUUUCACCAGAAAGAGUCCACAGUUGACUUUGAUCAACAUUGUUUUGUCCCUAAGUGACGGCGUACGGUCUCUGGAGAUUUUGAGUAUUCCGCAAACAUGUUUCAGUGCUAAACUCGGCCUCUUGACUUACCAUGACCAGCCUGAAGCGUUCGCAGACCGAGCGCUCUGUGGGGGGCUCCGUGCCUGCCACAGAUGAAUUUUAUACCCGCCGCCUGCGCUUGCCAAAUGGAGGAGCUCCUCCUCCACGCAGCGAGAGCACCCACCUGUCCGGAGGCACUCCUGGAGUGCCAAAGAUGGGUGUCCGGGCACGGGUUGCUGACUGGCCUCCGAGGAAAGACGGUGGUGGCGGUGGUGGCAGUGGUGGGAGCGGUGGUAGUGGGAGUGGUGGUAGCAGUGGGAGUGGAAGUGGUGGCGGAGGAUCAGGAGGAGGAGGUAGUGGUGGUGGUGGUGUGUGGCAUAUUACAGUGGAAACAGACUCACCAUCAACUACUUCUGGGAGCACUCAGAGCAACCUUUCUGCCAAGCUUGGUCACUUGAUCAGCCCUCAGGAUUCAUCGAUGCUGCGCAAUAUUCAGAAUACACUCAAGAAUAAGAUCCAUAGCAAGGGCAAAGACAAUCGCUUCCUAUCUCCAGAUGGUUACUUGGGCUCACCACGCAAGGGCAUGCGUCGCAUUCGCCAGCGCAGCAACAGCGAUAUUACCAUCAGUGAGCUGGAUGCAGACGGCAACGAGGGUUGGUCAUUUUCUGGCUGGACACCAAUGCAUCGUGAAUAUGGCAGUACCUCCUCCAUUGACAAGCACGGUGUCUCCGGAGAGAGCUUCUUUGACAUGCUUAAAGCCUAUCAAACGGAUGACCCUGAUCAGCGUAGCCCUGCUCCUGAGAAAUUAAGUGAACUUCUUACUGUGGCACACAAGCAGACUGCCCUUGACCUACCAGACGGGCCUCUGGGACCCCCACGUGGUAGUCCUGCAAGUCGUCUCAAGGAAAGAGAAAAGCAUUUAAAAAGGCGUUCCAAGUCUGAAACCGGAGGAGAGUCAAUAUUCCGCAAGUUACGAAGCGUGAAGGCAGAAGGUGACUCCUCUCGUGCAGGUUCAGAUGCAGAAGAUGGGAAGUCUGAGGAUUUGGGUCCACCUCUGAAGCCUUGGGUCUGUCAAAAGGGGUUUGCUCAUUACGACGUGCAGAGCAUUUUGUUUGACCUUAAUGAAGCCGUGCAAAACCGGCAGAGUGCCUCCAAAAGAAAAAACACCACCACCGGAGCCUCUGCUGCUGCUGCCGCUUCAGCUUCCACCUCAUCCUCAUUAUCGUCCACCCAGAGCGGGGCAUAUGGCUCUCCCUGUGGCAGCCAAGAAGAGCUGAACGCCAAGGAUGGACCGGCGAUGGACUCUGGUGACGAUAAAACCAACGAUCUUGUCCUUAGCUGUCCCUGCUUUCGAAAUGAGAUAGGAGGCGAAGGUGAGAGGAACAUCAGCCCCUCAAAGCAGGGCAGCAUCGGCAGCGGGUCGGCUAAUUCUUCAAGGGACGAGGACAGCUCUCGCGAGGCGGCGCCCAACACACAUUUCAGUAACGCCGGCGUAGCUGUACUGGAAGCUCCAAAAGAUGGGAAGAGCAUACAUCACGAGAGGGGAAAGAGCAACAUUUUGGAACAUGUAGACUUGGGUGCUUACUACUACCGAAAGUACUUCUAUUUAAGAGAGCACUGGAACUAUUUAGGAGUGGAUGAAACACUCGGCCCAGUUGCCGUGAGUCUUCGGAGAGAGAAGCUGGACGAUCAUAAAGAGCACGGCCCGCAGUACAAUUACAGGGUCAUCUUUAGAACCAGUGAGCUGAUGACUCUGCGAGGCUCCAUUUUGGAGGAUGCCGUUCCCUCUACAUCUAAGCACGGUUUGGCUCGAGGCCUGCCUCUGAAGGAAGUUCUAGAGUACCUCGUCCCUGAGCUAAACGUUCACUGCCUUCGCCUCGCCCUCAACACGCCCAAAGUCACGGAGCAGCUGAUGAAACUGGAUGAGCAAGGGCUGAGUUUCCAGCUGAAGGUGGGGGUGAUGUACUGUCUGGCUGGCCAGAGCAGCGAGGAGGAGAUGUACAACAACGAGGCGGCCGGUCCCGCUCUGGAGGAGUUCCUGCAGCUGCUCGGAGAACGAGUGCGUCUCAAAGGGUUCAACAAGUACCGCGCUCAGCUCGACACCAAGACUGAUUCGACCGGCACUCACUCAUUAUACACCACAUAUAAAGACUAUGAGAUCAUGUUCCAUGUGUCCACCAUGCUGCCCUACACCCCCAACAACAAGCAGCAGCUUCUCAGGAAACGGCACAUCGGGAACGACAUCAUCACUAUCGUGUUCCAGGAGCCGGGAGCCAAGGCCUUCAGCCCCAAGAACAUCCGCUCACACUUCCAGCGUUUUGUGGUGGUGCAGGUGCACAACCCGUGCUCAGAGAACACCUGCUACAGCGUCGCCGUGGCCCGUUCCAGAGACGUCCCCGCGUUUGGCCCACCCAUCCCCGAGAACAUGAAGUUCCCCAAAUCGUCUGUCUUCCGGGACUUCUUGCUGACGAAAGUGAUCAACGCAGAGAACGCCGCGCACAAGUCGGACAAGUUCCGCGCCAUGGCGACGCGCACGCGCCACGAGUACCUGAGAGACCUGGCCGAGCGCCAUGUCACCAGCACUCCUAUCGACCCCUCGGGCAAGUUCCCCUUCAUCUCUCUGGCACACAAGCGCAAGGAGAAGAGCCGACCGUGUUUGGGGGCGGAGCUUCGCAGCUCGGGGUCCAUCACCUGGGCCGUGUAUACCGAGGACCACGGCAGCGGUGGAGAAUUCGAAGCCCUGCUCGCCAUCUCCAACGACUUCAUCCUGGUGGAUGCAGAGGCCAAGGCCGUGGUGUUCAACUGCGCCAUCCGCGAUGUCAUCGGCUGGACUUUGGGAAGCCCCGCCUCCAUGAAGAUCUACUACGAGCGUGGAGAGAAUGUCUCGCUGCGCUCGGUCAACAACAACACAGAGGACUUCAGGGAAGUCGUGAAACGCCUGGAGUUCCUGACUAAAGGCUGCGAGACGUCGGAGAUGACCCUGCGCAGGAACGGGCUCGGCCAGCUCGGCUUCCACGUUAACUACGAGGGCAUCGUGGCCGAGGUGGAGCCGUACGGUUACGCCUGGCAAGCCGGGCUGCGCCAGGGCAGCCGACUGGUGGAGAUCUGCAAGGUCGCCGUGGCGACGCUCUCUCACGAGCAGAUGAUCGACCUGCUGCGCACCUCGGUCACAGUCAAGGUGGUCAUUAUACCUCCUCACGAGGACGCCACGCCCCGCAGAGGAUGUUCUGAGCUGUACCGCAUGCCCGUGGGCGAGUAUAAGGGUAGCAGCGAGAGCGGGUCGUACGAGUACAAGUUCCCGUUCCGCUCCAACAACAACAAGUGGCAGCGCACGUCGUCCAGCCCGCAGCAGUCCCUCUCCGCCUCUCCUCAGAGCCACACGGGGACCCCCAACCGCGCCGUCAGCCUGGGGGCCAGCAUGGGCAAGACACUGUCCGCCGAGAGACCCGAGAGAGCUGCGGCCAUCCCGCGCAGCGUCUCCAGCGACGGCCGUCCUCUCGACUCAAAGAGGAUGUCUCCCGGCUCAGAGAACUACGCUCUGGCGUCCUCCAUGGCGAUGGCUCGACCCACUCACACCCGCAGCUCCCCCAGCAACCUAUCGUGCUCCAGCGACACCGGCUCGAGCGGCGCGGCUCACUGGAGGCAGAAGUCCAUGCCUGAAGGAUUCGUGCCAAACAGACACUCUCCUCUCCCGCCCGAGCGGCAGAUGAUGGGAGACGGCGGAGGGAAGUCCACCUCCGGCUGGACCCGAGUGGACGACUCUGACCGAGCAGCAGCAGCAGACGUCCCGGUCAGUAAAUCCGGCCCGGCGUACUCGGGAGGCCCACGUAUCCAGAGGCAGGAGCAGGUCAUUCACCUGUCGCCUAAGAAGAGCAGCCAGUCAGAGGGCCCAUAUUCCCACUCGAGCAGUAACACCCUGUCCAGUACGGCGUCCAGCGGUGCACACAGCGAUGACAAAUGGUACGAUCUGGGAGCCGGAGGUCAGAGCGAUGUUGGUGACUCUGAGCCCAACGGUCUGGGUGGAGGCGGAUACCUGCAGGGCUCCUCAGCUGACAGCGGCAUUGACGCCACCUCUUAUGUGCCCCAUCAUGGUAGCUCGAGCUCCCUACUUGCCGUGGGUACGUCAGCACCUCGGGAGAGGGUCGCCUCACCAUGGCACGGUCCGUCCGAUGGAGGGCGUAGAGUCCUGGAGCGGUCGCCCCCGGCUGCGGAGCCUCCUGUCGCCCCUGCAGAGCCUCCGACCACGCGCAGUCCUCCUACACACCUCCUAAUGCGUGACAGCAGCUCGUACAGCCUCAGCGACAUGGCCGUACACGCUAGCUCUCGUCACUCUGGGAGCUCUGGAGCACUCAGCUCUAGUCACAACUCUCCUCGAGACGAGUCGCCUUCCACCACCUCGCCCUCCUCCUCCUCCUCUCAGAGCUCAGUUUCUCCAGGACCUAAGAGUUUCUACCCUCGCCAGGGAGCCACCAGCAAGUACCUGAUCGGCUGGAGGAAACCGGGGAGCACAAUCAACUCUGUCGACUUUGGAGACACCCGGAAGAGGCCUCAGGGCGAAGGAGCAGAAAGUGUACCAUCUCAGACACGGCCAUCUCUUCGAGACCUGCACUCUCCUCAGCCGCUGGGCAAAUCCACUGUAGAGGAGGAUCUGAAGAAACUCAUCACCCUGGACAGCCCUCCUGCCAUACAUCAUGACGACAAGUCCCUGCAGCCGCCGUGUUCAGGUGCGAGUGGUACGGGCCGGCGCUCUCUGCAGCGCACCCUCUCUGACGAGAGUAUUUAUCGAGGCCAGCGCUUGCCGUCACUGGGAGAUACGGUGUUGGAGCAGGCCCUUGCCAGCGACGUGCUCUUCAGCUGCUCGACCCUGCCACGUUCGCCCACCACCCGCGGUGCCCCCCUGCGCAGGCCCUCCUACAAACUGGGCAUUAAGAUGCAUGGUGACCUCUCCGCGUCUGACACCUCUCUAGCAGACCUGCACGAGCGCCAGAGGUUACCAUCUCCCGAGCUGGGCCUCAUGCCCCUACCCGACACGGACACCGACAGCGGCAUGGACUGGAGCCACCUGGUGGAUGCUGCCAACGCCUUCGAGGGUGAAGGGAGACCCCCACGCAUCCAGAGAAGUUUCAUGUUCAGCUCUCAGGACAUCAGUCACCGUGGUGAGAGUGCAGUGAGCUCACAACAGCUGGAGCUGCAGCCUGUACCCCACUCCCGCCUCUCCCCCAGUGAUAUACCGGUGGGUUUUGCUGGAAAAGUGUCUCAGCUCGAGAAUUUAGUGAAGAUGCUUCAGGACGACUUGAAGAAGGAGCGAGAGGAGAAGUUGAAGCUUCAGGCUCAGAUCAAGCGGCUUUGGGAGGACAACCAGAGGCUCCAGGAGGAAUCUCAGAACUCUGCAGCCAAACUGAAGAAGUUCACAGAGUGGGUCUUCAACACCAUCGACCUUAACUGAGAGCAGCACCGGAGGAGUUGCUCCGUUACCUGCUCCAGCUCCAACAUUCAGCUUCAUCGCCCAGCUCCACUACCUGGCUCCAUCAUCUAGAUCCAGGUUCAUCCCUUAGCUCAAUCACUACUCCACCCUGGGACCAAAACUCACUCCAAUUCCUGCUCCUGUUCCCCUCACACUUUCCUGAAAGCAUCACAGGAACCAUCAGUCAUUCUCCCACCUUCUCCAGAGAACCAAUCCGUACACCUCUGACGUUCCCUUCACAGGUUCCUCAGAGCCGUUCUGCAGGGAUUAGCGCUUCAACAUGCGCAUCAUGGCUAUACCACCGUUCUUCUCCCCGAGGAUGAACCUUCUCAGUUUUUUUCUCCUUCUGCUUUAACAGCCAUGUAUGUGAGAUGUUGCUGGGUCACUGUGCUACUCCCCUCUUUCUAACUAGUGGUGCAAAUCCACACGGCAGCAGUACAGUCGAAUAAACUCACACACACACACACACACACACACACACACACACACACACACACAGACCCGACCUAAACAGGAAGGAAGGGAAGCCACAUGUCUUUCACGAUCUCAGACAAUCCGAUGAAGUUGAAAAAGCAAAAGCAAUAGACCGACGUUCUCACCGGACUCUUAACAGCGACGAUAGAAAUCUCAGCGCGUUGGAUUCCGAUCUCACGUAAAGCAAUUGCAGGUCUGCGGUACGAACGCUGGAAACUUUCCAUCUUUUUUUCUUUUGUGGGGGGAAAAAUAAUUUAUUCCGUCUGUAUUAUAGAAAUAAAUAUCCGUACAGUAGAAGGUCAAUGUUUAUUUUCCAGACAGAUGCUCAUUAUUUAGGUGUAUAAUUAUUAUUAUUAAUAUUAUUAUGAUUAUGAUUAUUUUGUACAUUGGAUUUCAGCCUGAUGCGGUUUUCUCCUGCGUGCUUCGUGGUGCCCUAGCCAGCCGUCGUCGUGUUGCCUUUAGUGCCCUCUGGUGGUAAAAAGUUGAAAUUUCAAUCUAUAGUUCGGUUUAAAAAAACACAAAAAAACAACAAAACGUUUUAUUCCUCUUUUUCAUUCGUGUUAAUGGAAUCAGAGACCAAGCUCAAGCUCAGGCUCAGUGUGCGAGUGUGUGUGUGGAGUUGUUCUGACAAAGGAAACAGUACAGGAAAUUGCCAGACGACCCGGAGUGCCUGCUCAGAGGAAGGGCUUUUAAUCAGCCCAUAGUCCAUAUACGGCCUGUAUUCUCAUUCCUGCCUCUUAGCACUGGGCUUUCUCGAUCUAUCUGAUAUACACUUUUAUCCCCCACCCACCCACCCACACACACACACACACACACACACACACACACACACACACACACACAUAUCAGGCUGUUCCAGCUCAAAAUGUUCCCAAACAACUCUCAAAAAAAAACAAAGAGAGAGUAAUAUUCAGUGGUGGAUGGAGAUGAUUGAUUCUGUUCUAAGAAUCCCCCAAAUCCCCCUGAUGAACCAAUUAAACGUGUAGAUCGGGUUUUUUUUAAAGCCCUAAAGAGCUCAAAUUAUUCAGGUUUGUACAUUUCCAGAGAAUCUAAGAGACCGAGUGCCUGAGCGAGUUUACGAUAACGAGUCGUGCUUCUCCUAUUGAUGCUUUCAGGAAGCUUUUUUCCUGGACAGCUCCCUCGUUCUGUGGGGCUUCGACGCCGACCGAAAAGAAGUUCGAAUACGAUAUUUGUGGGGCGAUAAAAUUAUAUUCACAUCACGUUGUCAUUUUGUUUUGUUUUUUUCAAUUAAAAAAUGAUUAGGAAUAUCUUUGUAGUGGAACUUGCUUCACACAGGGUUGUGGUUUUGAGAUUUCUGGGGAAAAAAAAAAAAUGCAGCACAUUUACAUAAUUACAUAAAUUAUGUAGAUUCCAUGUAAAUGAAGCCGAAUGUAAAAAGUAUGGAUUUUUAUGAUGCCUAACUAUAUAAAUGAAGUUCUAGCUGUCUGCCAAAAAGUAUUAGGACACCUGGCCACCUGUAUGUGCUUCUUCCAAAGUUUGCGGCACACAAUUGUACAGGACGUCUCUGGAAAAUCUCCCUUUACUCAAACUGAGGAGAUCCAAAUCCUGUUUGCACAUCCCUCUGCACAAAGCCAGCUCCAUUAAGUUCUGCUUUCCAUGGGUUGGAACAGCUAUUAUAAGGGCGAUUGAGGACGCAAUGUGGAAGGUGUCCACAAACCUUUGGCCAUGUUAAUGCUAUUUUCUAUCUGAUUAAUAGGACGUUUGUCAUUUAAGUAACUAUUACGGCUCUGUAGUUUAUGGGGGUCCAAACAUUUGGUACGAUUUCUUAAGGUGUGACCCACGUGUUUGACAUGUUGCAUAUAUUUGCAUAAGAUCUGGGUGUAAUUGCAUAGCUCUGCCACUAGGUGGUGGAAGAGUCAUGGAUUCCUUGUGCUAAGUUUUUGUGGGAUUUGGGUGAAGUUCUCAUCGUGGAUUCAUACAAAAAGUUAUUGAACUCAACAUGAGAUUCCAAGGUUUUUUUUCGUGUAAAUCUCGAAACCGUAACCAUUAUUUUGGAUUAUAUUUUAUCAAAACAAAAAACAAACCGGUAUAUGAUUUCUGUACAUUUCCAUUCGAAUGCUUUCGGCGGCUUUGAAGCUCCAACCCAAUUGUUUACUUUUCACCCUGUUCAAUAUUCCACUUCAGAUUGCUUUCAAAUGUGAAUGUUACCUUUUUUUUUUUUAGGCAGAUUAAAAUUUUAUUUGCACUGUAAUAUUUUUUUGUAUAGAUAUUAUUGUUAUUAUUAUUGCCAUGUUGACACUCGAUGGAGCCUCAUGAUGUGAAACGUCUGUCAUCGGCUUUUCCUCGAGUUGGUUAUCACACGUGACGGUGAAGAAGACUCUCCUCCGAACCGUCGACGUUUCUUCGGAUUUUUAGACGUUUCCAGAAAAAAAAACACAAAAAACAAUAAAAAAAAAACACAGAAGUGUUCUAUAAUGAAGAGGAAGUAACUGUUAAUAUGAUUCUAUUCAUAUGAUUUGUGCAGAGGUUUGAAAAGAACCCAUUUCCCACUCGUUAUCAUCAUCAUCAUCAUCAUCAUCACAGUAUUAAAACCUUUCUUAAUAAAUAAAUGACAAAAACAGAAAGGA